GUACGAAGCUACUACAAGUACAGAGGUUUUCAUUUUCAGUGAUAAUACAAUCGAAGAAUAAAACAAUAUGUACAAGUUUGUAUUCCUAUCAGUCAUGGUAGCACUGGCGUCGGCCAAACCCAAAGCCAAACCAGGAAUUCACGCACUAGCUCCUUUAGCUGUAGCACCAGUCCCUCCAGCCGUAAUAACAGCGCAAAGCUCCCAAAUCUUCGCCAGGAACUACAACGCACUUGUAUCUCCAGUCGUGGCGGCCCCGCUUGUAGCUAAACCGGCUCCGAUAGUGGCCAGUGCGCCACUACUAGCAGCGCCUGCUUUAGCUAAAGCUCCCCUGGUAGCUGCACCUGCAGUGGCUCAAUUAACCAAUGCAGCACCUGUUGUACCACACGCUUCUCUGCUAGCUGCUCCUUUGGCUGUCAAAUCAUCUCAUGUGGUGGCAGCACCUGCUGUAGCUCGCGCUUCUCUACUAGCUGCACCAGUGGCUAAAGCAGCUCCUCUGGUUGCCAAAUCAGCUGGUGUGGUGGCAGCACCUGCCGUAGCACACGCCCCUCUACUAGCUGCACCAAUAGCGAAUAAGGCAGCUGUACCAUAUGCGCCUGUAGCAGCUGCACCGUUGGUGGCUAAGGCAGCUCCUGCGGUAGCUCAUUUUAAUUCAGCUCAUGUCGUUUCGUCGUACUUAUCCGCACCGUAUUUGGCAGCACCAGUUAUUAUUUAAGAAUAUAGAUUUGCCAACGGCACGGAAUAAGCUUAACAAUCUCAUAUUGAGACAGCAUCUAUACUGAUUCAGUCAUUAUUAAAUCAAAGUACAAACAGUUCUAUAAAAAUAUGGCAUUGUGUUAUUUUUAAAU